GGACAGUGUAGCGCUCGAACUCCACCGAGACUGUGCCCGGUUCAUCCGCGGAGCAGGCAGACAAGGGGGCGGAACGGACACGGGAAACUUGACAGAGAACGCCGCUUGGACCCUGCUGACACUCGGAUUGCUCCCAGUUUUAUGGCGAUACUGUUGGUCCAAGACAACGACUAAUUGACCGACGAGAGCUAGCAUUUGUCUGAGGCGAGUCAAGCGAAAGAAUAUCGUGAAUAUAGUGUACGGACGCUUUUUUGUAAGUGAAGUGGUCAGAGAAAAGUAAGUGGACUCUGAAGUAGGACCUAGAUUGUUAACCAGAACAGUGCGAAGGCUUGUCACGCAGAGAGCCUGGUUCGAGGCAGAAAUUCCCAGAGUGCAGCAGCGGGUCAUGCGGCUUGCUCUGAUCGGUGGACGGAGCGCCGCGACGCGUCAGUGAACGGUGAAGAAGAAGACGAAAGGACUGUCAGUUACCGUGCUGUCCCGUCAGUCCAUAUCGGGCUUUGAGAGAAGCUACAGAAGCUGCCAUGUCCCGCAGGAAGCAGAGCAAACCCCGGCAGAUUAAACGGUCCAUGGGUGAUCUGGACAGCGGGGAGGAGAACAACGCGGACAACAUGAGCCUCUCCGGAGAAGAGGGCGGAGCUUCAGACCCAGAGGACUCCACAGAGGACAGAGACAGCGCCAGCCCACAGCCAUACACACCCGGCUACAGUGAAGAACCACACGGCCAGGACUCGCGGGGCGGUCCUGAUGAAGAAGACCAAGUGGACGAACAGGCGCCUAUCUCAAGUGAUGAAGAGGAGGAUGAAGGAGAGGAGAAGGCAGACGGACAGCAGUGGAGUGGACCAGACGAGCUGCAGAUGACUGAAGAAGGUGAGGUUUGCACCAUUCUGUCUCGCACUGACCUCCAUCAGGACACUGUGUGGGGGCCCUAUCCUGGAACGGUCCAAUCAGAAAGCAGCACAGAGAACCAGGAAGCACAGGGCCCUACAGUGACCAUGACCUGUGAGGAUUCUAACUGUUGGAUCACCAGACUCCCUUUAACUGCUGAUGCCCCAUCUGCCAACUGCACUGUCUAUAGCCAGGGUAAAGAGUUGUUCUGUAAGUUGACUAGGGCCCUGGUAGCAGGUGAGAGUCUUGUAGCGUUGCUGUCUGGACAUCCCACCCCCUCUGCAGACCCCCCGGAGCACCUGUCCCCUCCCCUAAGCCUGGUCACUCACAAGCAGCACCCUGUGGUGAAAGAGGAGCCUGUUUACCCCGCUGCUCUGCACUCGGAGAUCCAGCUCCUUCCUCAGCAGGCCGGCAUGGCAGCCAUUUUAGCCACUGCUGUUGUUAAUAAGGACAUCUUUCCCUGUAAAGACUGUGGGAUCUGGUACCGCAGUGAGAGGAACCUCCAGGCACACCUCAUGUACUACUGUGCCAGCCGUCAAAAGCAGCCCGCUGCUGCCAUCUCUCCUCCACAGGAAAAACCAAAGGAGCCAUACCCCAACGAACGCAUCUGCCCUUUCCCACAGUGUAACAAGAGCUGCCCCAGCGCCAGCUCUCUAGAAAUCCAUAUGCGCACACACAGCGGUGAACGUCCAUUUGUCUGUCUCAUCUGUCUAUCAGCUUUUACCACAAAAGCGAACUGUGAGCGCCACCUAAAGGUUCACACUGACACUGUCAAUGGAGUGUGUCUGGGCUGUGGCUUUGUCUCCACCACUAGAGACAUCCUGUACAGCCACCUGGUCACCAGCCACAUGGUGUGCCAGCCAGGGUCCCGCAGUGAGGUCUACUCUCCAGGACCAGGCCUGCCUAAAUUACCUUUAUCCAUUGGUCUAAGUCCUGGAGACUCGGGUGUGGUGUUGAAAUGCCAGGUGUGUGGACAUAACUCUGAGUCCCCUUCCCAGCUCCAGCAGCAUGUCCGCACCCAUUUGGAAGUGCGGGUCCCUGCUGAAAGAAGCCCCACACCACGCCAGAGCACUCCAUCUUCAGACCAUGCACAACCUCAAGCUUCUCCGAAAGAGAGGGAGCCCCUGGCCUGUGUUCCAAACCCUGACUCAUCCAGUCCUGGUGCAAAUGGAAGUGCUGCCACAACCCCAGUUCCUGAAGCAGCCGCCAGCCUUCGAAUCAAAGAGGAGCCCCAGUCAGACACAGAGGACCAGCACAUGGAGGUGAGGGAAGAUGGAGAGGUGUCAGGGGCAGAGCAGCUGGAGGAAUCUAGGCCAGAAACAAAGCAACGAGAAUUAUCAAACUCCUCAAGUUCUCCUAAAAGUCCAGCCACCACCGUGAAGGCAGAACCGACAAGCCCAACCCCUGGUUCAAGCCCUGCGCAUGUUGGAGGAGCUACGUCAGUUCUUCCAGGGGGAGCAUUGUUUCUUCCCCAGUACAUGUUCAACCCAGAGGCAGCCAUUUUACCACAGGCCUCAGAGAUCCUGGCCAAGAUGUCAGAGAUGGUCCACAGUCGUAUCAAACAAGGCCAGGCACUGCCUCCGAACAGUCCCACUGCAUUCUUCCCUACAGGACCAACUGCCCCCACAGCAUCUGCAACCCCGCCUCUUAAAGGUGCUACCUGCUUUGAGUGUGACAUCACCUUUAACAACAUCAAUAACUACUAUGCACAUAAGAGACUGUACUGCUCUGGUCGUCACCAAGCAGAGCCCAGCACAGCUCCUGCUAGUGUGCCUUCUGUAGGAGCAACCACUUCUCCACAAGGGGGCACCACAAGCAGAGAAGCCUCUGCCUCUCCCACACACUCUGACCCCGCUGCAGGGAGCGGAGCAGAAAGCAGACACAGAGUGGAGGUAAAGCCUGAUACUCCAGUGGAAAGGGAGGGUGUAACCUCCUCUCCAGAGGGAGAGGGGGGCAGUGGGGGUGCAGGAGGGGGCAGAGCCAGUGAGGGCAGCCAGAGUCCUGCCAGUGGAUCUGCAGAAGACCCAGAGGAUGAUCCCAACCGGACCUUCUGUGUGGCCUGCAACAUUCGCUUCAGUCGCCACGAGAACUACACUGUUCACAAGCGCUUCUACUGUGCAUCCCGACAUGAUCCCUCGAACCAGCGGUCAGGGCACAUGGCCAAGGUCAAUGCCUUCAUGCCCCAGCCCAUCCGCACUCGCAAGAGGAAGAAGAUGUACGAGAUCCACAUGGCCCGCACCCAGGCUCUGGCUGCUGCUGCAGCUGCUGCCACUGCUGCCUCCUCUGCUGCUGCCUCUGCCCCAUCGCCCUCAGUGCUGGGACUCCCCCUGCAGCCGGAGGGCUCUCCUAAUGGGACAGAGGCGUCCAGUCCAGAGGGGGAUGGCCCCAUAGACCUGAGCAAAAGGCCUCGGCGGACAGAGGUUAGCCGUCAUAGCAGCAGCCUUCUCCCUGCUCUGCCCCUCUCAGACUAUCAUAAGUGCACUGCCUGCAGCAUCAGCUUCAACAGUAUCGAGAACUAUUUGGCCCAUAAGACCUAUUACUGUCCGGCCACCUCUCUGCAAGCCCAGACACUGGAACAGCUCCACCGGCUCAAAAGAUCAGCUUCUACCUCUCCUAAGAGCAGGUCCCUGGAGCGGUCAGACUUCCUGCACCCUGUGGAGGCUAAGGUUUCCCCCUCAGAGAGACUGAAUCAGGCUUGUGUUACCUCACCCAGUGCUUACCCCUCUGCCAUUUCUCCUGCUGAUGCCCCCUCUCUCAGCUCCCCCAAAGGGACAGGGGCCUGUUCCCCAAUGGCCUGCCCAUACUGCCCCAACAGGCCACUCACUGGUGAUCUGAUGGAGCACUUCCGAAGUGUUCAUGGACUGGUGGUGAAAGUCAAGUCCCCCAGAGACAUGAGCCCCUGCACCAGUCCCAUGGAGGAGGCCAGUACCUCCCCCUGUGAGCCCUCAGGGGGGCCACGGCUUUCACGGGUCCACAGAGACGGUGUCAAUGGACAGGGAGCAGGUGGGACAGCGUCCCCUCUGUUAAAUGGAGGCCCUUCUGCCGAUGGCUCACGUUCGUCUGGAUCACCUCAGCCUCUGUCUCCUCCCAGAGCCUCAUCUCUGACUGUGUCCCCGCUCCCAGAGGUGAAGAGGGAGUCCCAUACAGCAGACGAAGCCUCCUCUCCUGUGCCUCCUCCCAAAACCCAGGUGAUCUCCCCGCUCCAGAACGGAAACACUCGCUUCUGCCGUUUGUGCAACAUUAAGUUCAGCAGCCUGUCCACUUUUAUAGCUCAUAAGAAGUACUACUGCUCCUCUCACAGUGCAGAACAUGUCAAAUGAGCAGAGCUCUGAGCUUCUCCAGUACAAACCCUAGUGUGCUCUUAUUUUAGCUGCAGAGUGCCAGCCCCUCACAAGUGUCUAAAGGACUUUGGCUGAUAUGUCAAGAGUGACCUUUACUGACUGUUACUCACCUGGACAGGGCAGAUGCCCCGCUACAGCCAAGCAGGUUACUCUAAACAGAAGCUGCUGCAGCUCCUCCUAUGGGUCAAAGUUAGUAGUAAACGAAGAGCUGAUUAAUGCUACCUGCACACAGUUGAGCUCCCGUCCCUUAGAUCACUGUUUUUAUUCUGGUCUCCUAAAUCCUUUAGUUACACCUAGCAGUACAGUGCUGUUCAGUCUUAUGCAGUAUUCAAUCCAAAAGAGCCCAAAUCACUGAAUGUCCAUACUUACGAAAGACUGAAUUUAAGAAACAAAACAACUUGUAUUUUAACUAACAACAAACAUUUCCUGUUGUUGUGAUGCACAGCCAUAUUAUACUUUAAAACUAGCUUCCAACACAACUGGCUGAUGAUGCAUUCUGCAUAUGCCCUGGGCAGGUGUACCACUUAGUGAAAACUUGGGCUUUAUUGACCUCUCAUAGACCUCACAUUCUGUUGCAUUAUGGGACGUUAAAAGAUCUACUCUUCACCUUUUGCUGUUUGCCAGGUAAUAAUGAUUAGAUGGUGACUGAAAAUGGCAUUUCUAACUGAGAGAAAUUCUAAUGAUGCUCUUGAUAUUCCAGGACAGAAGGGAGCAAUCAUUUUGUCGCGUGGAUAAGACUUGAUUAUUGUUGAUGAUUUUAAUAUAUGUGCAUAGUGUAUCAUGUCCAAGAAAAGAAUUCUAUUAACCUUUUGGUUUCAACACUGGCUCUUUUUGCUCACUAGAAAAGUGUUUUAGCUCAAAACAACCCGUGAAUAUCACAAUGUUACUAAUUACUGAAGGAUAAUGCUUUUCUUUCAUUUAUACACAAUUCUCUUUCAAAACUAGGGAGAAAAAUGUGAACUAUUUAUCUAGUCCUCACUGAUUUCAUGUUAACAGAAACUACCUACGGAGUGUCUGAGAGUAUUUGUAUUUGAUUUGUAUAUUUUUCAUACUGUUGAAGGAACUGUUGUAGUGUAUUUUAUAUGUGUAGAUAUGUAAUAUCUUCUCACAGUAAUCACUAGGAUCACACUGAACUUGAGCACGUUUUGUCCAUUUUAUCCUUUUUUUUUAAAUCUGAUCUGCAGCCUCCCACACCUCUCACACUGAGGAGCUCCUCUGAUUCUGUUUUAACAGCAUAUA